AUGAAGUCGCUCGUAGAGCUCUCCGUGACGGCCGUCGCGCACUUGACGCCCGUGCCGGAGCUCCUCGCGAAUGUCGAGUAUCUGCCCACUGCCGUACGUCACGAGCUCUUCCACGAGUUGUCCGACUGUCGGCUACGACAGAUGGAAAUGGCGUGGGAAGCGGCUGCCAGAGCUGAAGCACAGGAACCACGUGACGGAUUUGACCCUCUGGCUGGCGACCAGUUCCUGUUCGACCGGGAGACUCAGCGUGAGUGGGAGCGUCGCUUGAGGACAGCGCAACGGAGCUGUGGAACGAGAGUGAUGACGAGGACAGCGAACCCGGUGGAGAACUCGGCGGCCGCACAGGAGCGACGACGCAACUACCGGUUCGUGUUCUGGGAGCACCAGUUCCGCACGCUUUUCAACCUGCGAAACCCGCAGCGGUCUACAGAUCCGGUGGAUGUCCUUAGUGACUGCCAGGAGCUCUUUGCUGAUGUCGUGGAGGUGCUCAAAGUGCACGGCCGCGAACUCUGUGACGACAACGUGCAGCUCAUCUCGGCCCUGCGACAGCUUCGGAGACUGGAGAUACACCACCCGGAACAGCAACGGACUUGCUGGGAGACAACGGGACGUUUGCUGCAAAGUCACCAGCAUCUUACAGAGCUGGGGCUUUUCCACGGCAAGUUGACCGAUACACACGUCGCACAGAUGCGCACAACGCUGGCAAAGCCAACGUCGACGGUCGAGACGGGUCUGGGCACGAGCAAACUCACGUCGCUGGACUUGGUCUCGGUGAAGCUGCGGCCUGAAGGGUAUCGCCAGUUAGUGCGUCUCGUGGCUGACAUGCCGCACUUGCUCCAGCUGCGAUUGAGCAACUCGAUAUCGGAUUUGGACGCGAACUUGAUCGUCGAUGCAGCAUUUCGAGCCCCGAAACUCGAGCGCCUCUUCUUGGAGCACAACGAGCUGGACGAUAGUGCAUUCAUCGGGCUCGCAACGGUGCGGCAGCCACUGGCGUUGCGCCACCUCCGUCUCAGUGACAACGAUGUGUCGGCGACAACGGUCGGGGCAAUCUGCCGCGCAAGUAUGGACGGCGUGCUGAACCUCGACCGUCUGGAGCUGGCAAAUAAUCUACAGAUGGGCGAUCCAGGCAUCCACGCGCUGACACCAAUGCUCGCCUCUCCUGACGUUCGACCGGCCGUGGUGUUGACUCACCUGGACGUUCGUAGCUGCGAUUGUGGCCUCGACGGUGUCACCAACCUGCUGCUAGCUCUGGGCCAUAACAAGACAGUCACGCAUUUGAACGUCGCCCAAAACUUCUUUGACGUUGGUUUUGGCGACGUCCUUGCGGAGUUUCUGUCGACCAAUGACUCUGUCACACACCUGCAGGUGAACGGCGUUGGAUUAGGGCUAGCAGGCGUGUCAGCUCGGCUGUUGACAGCAGUGGAGAGCAACAUGGCACUCACGUCUUUCUCAGUGGGAGCGAAUCGACUGCGGAAUGAUGGCGCCAUUGCACUCCUUCGAGCACUUGUGAAGCGGGCGCGGACGAAGCCAUUUAAGCUUGUCGACCUGAGUGGAAACCUGCUCACAGUGAGUGGGCUCGCGACGAUCGCAGACAUGAUGAGACAACCUUUCGAUGUUACUGCUACACACUCCAAUGUCGCCGCACGAGAAGACGCGACUCGGGUGGAUCGAAAGCGUCGACGAAUUGACAGUCCGGACAAGCGCCAGGACUCCUCGAGUCCGCACAACGCCACCGACGUGCUGUUCGAAGAACUGUGUCUACUGAAUAACGACUUUGUCGGUAAAGACGAGCAAGGGACCGAUAGCUCGAUAUUCAUGGAGUCCAUCCGGCGGAGUGUGGGCCAUCUCAGGAGCAACGAGUGGGCAACACGACACCAGGUGUAUGAUGAUGAAGUAUAG